AUGUCUCGCUCUCUUUACGCCAGCAAGAAAUGGGCCUUUUGUUUCUUUUGUCUCUUCUGGCUCUAUUCCUUCCAGGCCGUGUUCGCAGCUCCUCAUAAGGCCGAAGACCAUCACAAGUCCCAUCAUGUGGCGCAUCCUGCCCGCUCGUCCACCCCGAAAAACCCCUUCAAAACCCCGUUCGAUACGGACAGCAGUGAUGAAGACAUAACCCCGGCUGAUGAUGGCCCUACCUCUGACAGAAGCCCUGGUCUCGGUAUUGAAUUUGAAGCAAGCAGUUUGGAACUGGAAUGUAAGGUAUGCAAAGCUGCAGACACAUUUUCCUCCAAGGGUAAAGAGAUCAGCGGGCAUACCAAUAAAUACUGGAGCCUUACAGUGGACACUACUACUAACAGCGCAGGACGGGUAAAGGGGGAGUAUAUCCUCAAUGGCAAGGAGAUCAAACUCGGGGCAGGAACCGCGGUUACCGCCGCUGAGAAUGUUGAGAAAGACCUUGUCAAGUGGAACCAGUAUGCCACGAUGCCGGGAAAUUCUUUUAGCCUACUGGAUCCUGUGAACAACGAGUGCAAGACAUGGAAGGUCACGGAACCUCCAAGACGCGAUGCCUACAAACAAUUGCGAUGGCAGGUGCAAGCUACAGCACCUAUGCCUCUUUCCGGGAUUAACGCUCUGAUGGAACGUGCCAAAACGUCUCUGGUUCUAAACGAUCCCCUGCUUCCCAGCACGAAGAGCUUCUUGGAACCUCUGGUCUGGGUGAACUCGGAAUUCUUUCAAAAUUCACCACAGGGUAAUACACCGACCGGGGUCAACAAGGAUACGUUAGGCUUUUUCUCCCUCAUCCUAUCGUAUGUGAAGCCAAAUAUGCACAUCAGUGAUGCGAAAAUCGCCUUCAAACCCCGAAGCCCCAUUAUGCCUCGCACGGAUUUCGUGACCAUGUACAAUGAUGUGAAGUCCAACAUCAAAGGGACCGAUCUCUAUGGGCUGGUCCUGACCCUCCUUUGUUUUCAAAACUAUGAGGAGUAUAUCGACCUCAAAGAGCCCAAGCUCCGAUCCGAGGCAAUUCCGAAAUUGACCUUCGAAAUCGAGGGUGAUAGCCGAUUGUCCGGAUUCCCGGCCAAAACGUCCUUCACGGUGCAAGAAUGGAUGGAAGGUCUUCAAGGCACCGGUGCGAUGACCAAGAAAGUCAACCAAGCACUCAACAAGGCCGACCCAAAGUCCAAGCGGAAGGACACGGAUCCAGUCAACUUGGUGGCGGUCUUCGAUCGGUGGUAUGAUGGCCAGAUCGGCGCCUACGGUUCCGCUGUGGAACAUGUUUAUGGCAACGAUAAACAACUCGCGCCAUUAUUCGAGUUUCGAAACCUGGGGGGGCUCAAGUACGACGAGUUCAAGACGAGGGUUUCGAAGAUCGAGCAGAGGGUUAUCUAUUACCACAAGAACCAUGGCAGUUGA